CUUCUCCAAACCAUGGCGUGAAGUCCACGACAAAGCCUCUCCCCUCUUUUGGGCCCUUACUACUACUAAUCACCCAAACUUGCAAUCCAAUCCCCGCAACCAUGUGUCCCGCUAGUUUUCGCCGAGCUCUAUUCAAAGUCCCCAAGGAAUCACGAAUCAAAACACCGCCGGCAGCAGCAACGGCAGUCCCCAAGCCCACCUCCGGCGGCGCAGCGAAGACCACGAAGAUCAAAACACCACCACCGCCACCACCUCCUCCUCCUCCUUUCCCUCAACCAGGAACCCCCAGCCCCGCCACCCUCCUCAGCAAACGCGCAAACCCGGCGCUCUCCGAGGUCCGAAAAGAUGAAACCCGCAUGUCGCCGCGCGUGAUGACGGUACUGGGGGUCAGCGUGCUCGGCCUAAGCGCGUACAUCGGAUACCUGUACGCCUCCUACCAGCGCGAGGUAACGCACUCGCAAUCCCUGAGCAUCACGCACGACGUGUCGGACCGGUACAACCGGACGGCGGGGAGCUUCGACGCGGACGUGGAGAUGUCCGAGAAGCUGAUGCGGCUGGGCACGAAGCGACGGGAGCUGGUGCAGCGGGCGCGCGGCGACGUGCUGGAGGUCAGCUGCGGCACGGGGCGGAACAUCGAGUACUACGACUUCGGGGCGCUGCGGCGGGGGAUCGUGGACGAGAGUACGGGUCGGAUCGGGGUGCGCGGGUGUCGCAGCGUGACGUUUGUGGAUUUGAGCCCUGAGAUGGUGGAGAUCGCGCGCCGGAAGUACGCGGAGUUAGUGCCGGUGGAGUUUCGCGUGGAGGAUGCUGCCAAGGUUACGGGGCCCAGUGCUACGGUCACUGGCGGCGGGAAGAAGUAUUAUGAUACGGUUGUGCAGACGAUGGGUUUGUGUUCUUUGCCCGAUCCUGUGGGCACCCUCCGCCAUCUGGGGUCGCUGGUCGAUCCGCAGAGGGGCGAGAUCUUGUUGCUCGAGCAUGGUCGCUCCCACUAUGCUUGGUUGAAUCGCGUGCUGGAUAAUCUGGCCCCGGCGCAUGCGGAUCGCCAUGGUUGUUGGUGGAAUCGCGAUAUUGGGGAGAUUGUGAGGGAGAGUGGCUUGGAGGUCGUCGAGGCGCAACGCUGGCAUUUUGGCACCACUUGGAAAUACGUCUUGAGGCCGGCCCGGAAGACGGCCGAGUAG